GUCACUCUGUCUCUCAGCUCUCUCUUUCUCUCAUAUCUCUAUUAGAUCGAGUUCUACUGCACAGAGAUAAUGGAUGAUUAUCCAGACCUCCGGCAGCUGAUGGCCUCAAGAACACAGCAGCUCGUACAAUUCCCAGACCCGUUUUCAGUACGACCUUACAAUAAUUUUCACCCCAACAGUAUCGUUGUAGGUCAUGAGGUUAAUGCUCAUGAAUUUUUUGAGUUUGGUUCUUCUGCUUCUGCUGCUGGUGCUCCUCCUAAUUUUAGUACAAUUAUUAGUAAUAGUAGUGUUGCUGGUAAUCUGAAUGGUUCUACUGCUGCUUCAUCUGUUGGUUCGCUGUAUGGGUUAGAGUUAAUGAAUCAGCAUGCGUGGAAUAUUAAUGGGAAUGAUGGAUCAGGCAAUAACAGCAGAUGGCCAAGACAAGAAACUCUUACUCUUCUUGAGAUUAGAUCCAGUCUCGAUUCCAAGUUCAAGGAGACUAAUCAGAAAGGUCCAUUGUGGGAUGAAGUUUCCAGGAUAAUGAGUGAGGAUCAUGGAUAUCACAGGAGUGGGAAGAAAUGCAAAGAAAAGUUUGAGAAUCUAUACAAGUACUACAAGAAAACCAAAGAAGGCAAAGCUGGGAGACAAGAUGGGAAGCACUAUAGGUUCUUUCGUCAGCUUGAAGCAAUAUAUGGUGACCAAAGUACUACCAAUCCCUUGUCCUCAGCUUCGGAUCAAACCCAUCUAACUGGUACAUUAAACCCUACUCUUCUUUAUAAUCACACCACUGCUACUAUUAACCAAGAAAAUCAAGAAGUUAAGCUUGGUGCGGAGAGCCUUAGUUUCUCCAACAAUUCAACUGACUUAGAAACCUCCAGCUCGGAGAACAAUGGAGAUGAUCUUUCAAAUUCAGCUAAUGAUCACUCUAAAAAUGAGAACCAAAUUAGGUGUUCAAGGCGUAUGAAGAAGACCUGGAAGACACAGGUGGAGGGGUUUGUGAAUUCCCAAAUGAUGAAGGUGAUGAAGGCUCAAGAGGGUUGGAUGGAGAAGAUGUUGAAGACUAUUGAAGGUAGAGAAGAGGAGAGAUUGGCUAAAGAAGAAGAGUGGAGGAAGCGCGAGGCAGAGCGGUUUAAUCAACAAGUACAUGAAUUCUGGGCUAACGAGAGAGCUUGGGUGGAAACUCGAGAUGCUUCAAUAAUGGAGGCUCUCAGCCAAAUUCGAGGAAUAGGAACUAACAGUUACAACACCAAGGCCAAGGACGAGAGCAUGGGACUGCAGCUGACGGAUGGAGGUCUAUUAUCUUCAAGUUCUAAUUAUAUGAAUAUGAACUCUACCUCCUUUUACAUUCCGACGAAUGAAGGAGAAAAUUUGUGGAAUAGGUAUGGUGGGAAGCUCAGCAAGUGAUAAGGAACCAGUAGUAAGUUCAGAAAAGGUUAAGUAAAUUACAGAGAACUGAGUUCUCUUUAAUUACAUUAUUUCAGUGUAAAUAUAUUUGAAUUCCUAAGGUGGAUUUAUGACGGUGUUAUUCUGGAAAGUGUUCGAUCUGAUCCAG